GGCAAGAAGGGGUGGGACGUGAGAGAAUGCCCUUCCCGGUUGGACAAGAGAGAGUGGCUCACGCAAGUGUCAAAGAGACUCUUCCAAGUUCCGAAAUUGGAUGCAUUCAAUUAAUUUGGCAGAAAGGGAUUGAUACACGAUUGAGAUUUAUAAGGAAAACAUCGCGUUCAGAGGUGCUGGUCAGAGCCACGAGGGGGCAAUGUCUGACAGCAGUGGUGCUGCCAACAGCAGUAGCUGGACUGUCCUCACAGCUGAGGAGACUGUUGCUGAGACACUGAGGCCUGUAGCGGAAGGAACAGAACACCAUGAAGAUACACCCAGUCAUACUGCUGCGGAGACACCUACAGAGAGUAGGCCUGGGGAGGAUGCUGUGUCUGCUGAAGAGUCUCACUCUGUGAAGCUACAGCAGGAGACCCAGGAAACACAACCAGAGAGAGACAAGGAUUACACCCCUGUUGUAGAGAGUCCCACCCAUGACCUUCCUUUUGACCCUGCCUCUGACUCCACCCCUGCCCUUGACUCCACCUCUGCUAGUGUUGCUCCUCUGAGCUCUCUGUUAGAAGUCCCUGCCCCCACAGGGCUUGACUCAGAUACACACAGCCAAUCCAGAAGCCUCCCUGGGAACCCAGCCCCUCCCAUCUCUGACCCUGAUUCGUUCUCUGACUCCUACACCCACAUUAGCUCCUCCCCCGACCUUGAAGAGCCCCCAGCCUUGCUGCUCAACACUGAGCCACCGGAAGAGGUGGGGCUUGUACAGGAAGCGGAGGGGUAUAUACAGGAUGUGCAUCAUCAUUAUGAGGAGGGGCUUGGGAAGGAAGAGGAGGAGUCUGAUCUGUCUAAGGUCAGGGCCAAAACAGACUCCCAUCUGGAGGUGGUGGGGGAGGAGGAGGAAGGGGUGUCUGGGGUGAGGAGGAGGAGGGGGUCUCUCCUGGCAGCUCUGGAGCGGAUCGGGAGGAAGGAGGAGGAAGAGGAGGAGGAGGAGGAUGAGUUCCGGAUUCCGCAACAAAGAAAACAAGAAGAGACUGGUUUCUCUCUCAACAAGUGCAUCCUGGGAGCUGUCAUACUGCUGGGCCUCGGAACCAUCUUCUUCUCAGGUGUCUUCAUGGACCUGGAUGAUGAGGGGGACUAUGAUGCCAGGGAGCUGAGAGAAACAGAGGUGGUGGGAAAACAGGAAUGGCUGAAUCCUGAGGUUCCUCUUCCACCACCUGUAGAAGUUGACCGUACAGACCAACUGAAUAAACUGGCUAAAGAAGACCCACGGAUAGCUGUACUGCAAGCCCAACUCCUGGCACAGAAAGAGGAGCUAAAAGUAGCACAGAAGGAGGCGGAGGAUGGAGGGAAGGAGAGAAAGAAGAGGGAGGAGGUGGAGAAGGAGCACGGUAGGCUGAAGAAAGAGAUGAUGUCGCUCCCUGUCCUUCAGAAGGAGAACGAGAGGAUGAAGAGAGAGCUGGAGUCUGUUCCUGUCUUACAGAAGGAUCUAGAGACACUCAGAGCCACAGUGACUGAACUAAAACACAGCACAGCCAAGGAUGCAGCUCCACCUCCAGUCUCUGCCUCUGUCCUGCCCCCCUCUGGCCAAGCUGGGGAUGACAGCCAGAACACAGCAGGAACGAUGGAGAGUGAGGGCAAGAAACCAGGGAAGGGAGUGAAAAAAGAGUUGAAGGAAGAGGAGACGGGUUGGAAUAAGGGAGGGAAGACGGAUUGGAAUAAGGGAGGGAAGACGGAUUGGAAUAAGGGAGGGAAGACGGAUUGGAAUAAGAGGGAAGACGGAUUGGAAUAAGGGAGGGAAGACGGAUUGGAAUAAGGGAGGGAAGACGGAUUGGAAUAAGGGAGGGAAGACGGAUUGGAAUAAGGGAGGGAAGACGGAUUGGAAUAAGGGAGGGAAGACGGAUUGGAAUAAGGGAGGGAAGACGGAUUGGAAUAAGGGAGGGAAGACGGAUUGGAAUAAGGGAGGGAAGACGGAUUGGAAUAAGGGAGGGAAGACGGAUUGGAAUAAGGGAGGGAAGACGGAUUGGAAUAAGGGAGGGAAGAAGGAUUAUAAGGUUGAAAAGGAGUGGAGAAGUGGAAAAUAUGACCAGGAGAAAGAAGGAAAAGAGGAGAAAGGGUGGAAGAAGAAAGAAGACAAGAAGGGAGAAUGGAAGAAAGACAAAUCUAGCAGAGGGAAUGAGGGCAAACCAUGGAAGGACAGAGGAAACAAGAUGGAAUGGAAGGAGAAGAGUGA